AUGGUUGUUGCUACUAUCAAGUGUGUUGUCGUUGGUGACGGUGCCGUUGGCAAGACCUGCCUGUUGAUCUCAUACACCACCAACAAGUUCCCCUCUGAAUAUGUCCCAACUGUCUUUGAUAACUAUGCUGUGACAGUGAUGAUUGGAGAUGAGCCAUACACGCUGGGACUCUUUGAUACCGCCGGUCAGGAGGAUUAUGACCGUCUACGCCCCCUCUCAUACCCGCAAACCGACGUCUUCCUCGUCUGCUUCUCGGUCACCUCGCCAGCUUCCUUUGAGAACGUACGCGAGAAAUGGUUCCCCGAGGUCCGCCACCACUGUCCAGGCGUCCCUUGUCUCAUCGUCGGGACCCAGACGGAUUUAAGAGACGACCAGACCAUCCGGGAUAAGCUAAGCAAGCAGCGAAUGCAGCCAGUGCGCAAGGAGGACGGUGACCGCAUGGCCAAGGAGCUCGGAGCUGUCAAAUACGUCGAGUGCUCUGCCCUGACCCAGUACAAGCUCAAGGACGUCUUUGACGAGGUCAGUCAAAGAUUCUCUUUUAUUUAUUUAUUUUAUACCUUUUCAUCUUGCUAA